UCAGUGUUCCGCGCGCAUGACGUUAACGGGGGGGAAAUGAUCGAGAGUUUUCCGCUUGUGACGACAGUUCCGGCUGGAGUUUGAGCCUCGGUCGCGAGAUCGCCCUGGUAACGAGAGAAGUGAGUGGCGCGAGCGGGAGGAGGCCAUAAUUCCAAAUACAGUUAACAAAUUUGCAAAAAAAAGACAGCUAUAAUCUCCCUUCAAAAAGUGGAAUAUCAAGACAUGUCCAACAUAGAAGCUGCAUCUAAUGUAAUGAAGGAAUUUUGAAUAUGUAACUGAUAGCUACAAUUACAGUACAACUGAGAAUUGUAAAAAAAAAAUCAAUAAUUAGGACUUCAUCUAAGACAAAACAAUGAGGAAAGUAUUGUGCAGAAUCUUUUGAAGUUCUAUCUUUCUGAAAGCAGAUAACUGCCAUUGAAUAGGGAGCAUCAAUAAAUCUUUUUAGAGAUGGAAAAACGGUAAGAUGAUUUGUAUUAUCGCCUUUGAACAGCAAGAAUCUGAUUCUCUUCUAAUUGUCUCUGGGAACCAUAUGUACUGUAACCAUAUGCCCUUGUACAAAAACAAGGCCUAAUAACGUUGGACUGAGAUUUUCGGAGAGAUGUUGCAUUUGUGUUAGUUUAUUAGUUCAAAUUUCUUCCUUAAACUCUACUCGUCAAUACAGUCAGUUUCUUUUAGAGUAUGUCAUCAUGGCUAGAUUUCGCAGAAGAAUGUGGAUCACAUUGCUGCUUUUUCUUUUAUUUGUUUUUGGUAUCAUGAUGGGCUUGAAGACCCUAAGACCUGAAGGAGCUGGCUUUGGAGAUGGCAUAGGACUGGAAUUAUUGCCACAACUUCAUCAUCGAGCUGCUGUUGGUGAACGUAGAGCAGAUCUUCCCAAUAUUGACAAGUCGUCAGAAAGUAGAACUCCUCCUCCUCCUCCUCCUCAUCUCAAAACGAGUGAACAUUUUGGUAUGAUGAAAAGAGCACCCGUAUCCGAUACAAGUCUUGACCAUUUUCCUCCAGUGAAUUAUGAUUUACACGCAUUUUAUUAUUCAUGGUAUGGAAAUCAACAGUUUGAUGGUAAAUACAUCCACUGGAAUCACCCAUUGGUUCCCCACUGGGACCCUAAAAUAGCAAGCAGUUAUCCUAAAGGAAGGCAUAUUCCUCCAGAAGACAUUGGUGCUAGUUUCUAUCCUGAGUUAGGAGCUUAUAGUUCGAGGGAUCCUGCAAUUAUCAACGCGCACAUGAUACAACUCCGAGAUGCUGCAAUAGGUGUGUUAGCCUUGUCCUGGUAUCCACCUGGCUUGUCUGAUGAGAAUGGUGAACCCACAGAAGAUCUAGUACCAGUCAUAUUGGAAGCUGCAGAUAAAUAUCAAUUAAAGGUCACCUUCCACAUUGAACCAUAUGAAGGGAGAGAAAACACUUUAUAUAGUAAUUUGAAGUACAUCAUUGACAAAUAUGGAUCCCAUCCUGCAUUUUACAGGCACAAGACUAGUGCAGGAAGAUAUCUUCCAAUGUUCUACAUUUAUGACUCGUACUUAAUAAGCCCAGGGUCCUGGGCCGAUCUUCUCUCUGUAUCUGGAUCUCACAGUCUUCGAAACACUCAAUACGAUGCACUAUUCAUUGCCCUAAUUGUCGAAGAAAAGCAUAAAAAUGAAAUUCUUCAGGCUGGUUUUGAUGGAAUGUACACUUAUUUUGCAACAAAUGGAUUCUCCCAUGGCUCUUCCCAUCACAACUGGCAAGCAAUAAAAGACUUUUGUGAUAGUAAUAACCUUAUGUUUAUUCCCAGUGUGGGACCAGGUUAUAUAGACACUAGCAUAAGGGCUUGGAACAAUCACAAUACUAGAAACCGAGUCAAUGGGAAAUAUUAUGAGACUGCUUUAAGUACUGCCCUCCUAGUGCGUCCAGAAAUAAUCACUAUAACGUCCUUUAAUGAAUGGCAUGAAGGAACUCAGAUUGAAAAAGCUGUUCCCAAGCAGUCCAGUCAGUUUGUUUAUCUGGACUAUCUGCCUCACAAGCCAGACAUCUACCUAGAGCUGACUCGUAAAUGGGCAGAAAAGUUUCGCAGCGAGAAAGAACAAUGGUUGAUGUGACAUUUUUGUCUUGAGAAUGGGAAUAGAUGAUUAUAAGGUCUAGCAUCAAAUAUUACAAAGUAGAUUUUUUUUUGUUUUAGGGUAGGAAGCUCUGGAGAAAAGUUGGCUUUGCUAAUUUGGAUCAUCUUAAAGUCUUGUGAAAUUGUUGACUCAAAGAAAUGAGUUGAUAUAUUUGGUUAGAAGGUACUGUACACUAAAAAUGUGACAUUUGUGAAACUUUACAUGAUUUUUUUGUUAAAGGCAGUAACUUAGGCUAAGUAUUGUUUUAACAGAGCAGGUCCAAGUUACCAUUCUUCAUUUGUACCCCUGAAUCAAAUGUCUGCUGAGAGUUCAACCAUUACGAGUAUUAUUCAGACUGCAUUUCGAGUCAUAGAAAUGUACAGCAUGGAAACAGACCCUUUGGUCCAACCCGUCCAUGCCGACCAGAUACCCCAACCCA